GUUCCCAGCCUUUGCUGGGCGCCAGACCCGGCCCCGCCAUCCGGCUGCUUGUCCGCUGCGGCUGGUCAACACUGCCGGGGUCCCAGCCUUCGCGGGCCGGGGCCGCCGGGACAGCGGCAGGACGGGGAGACGGGCCAUGGCGUCCUGCGUGGGGAGCCGGACCCUGAGCAAGGAUGAUGUGAACUAUAAAAUGCAUUUCCGGAUGAUCAACGAGCAGCAAGUGGAGGACAUCACCAUCGACUUCUUCUAUCGGCCGCACACCAUCACUCUGCUUAGCUUCACUAUCGUCAGCCUCAUGUACUUCGCCUUCACCAGGGAUGACUCUGUUCCAGAGGACAACAUCUGGAGAGGCAUUCUCUCUGUCGUUUUCUUCUUUCUUAUCAUCAGCGUAUUAGCUUUCCCCAAUGGUCCAUUUACCCGACCUCAUCCAGCAUUAUGGCGAAUGGUUUUUGGACUCAGUGUGCUCUACUUCCUGUUCCUGGUAUUUCUCCUGUUCCUGAAUUUCGAGCAGGUUAAAUCUCUGAUGUAUUGGCUAGAUCCAAAUCUUCGGUAUGCCACCAGGGAAGCAGAUAUCAUGGAGUAUGCUGUGAACUGCCACGUGAUUACCUGGGAGAGGAUUGUUAGCCAUUUUGAUAUAUUUGCAUUUGGGCAUUUUUGGGGUUGGGCCAUGAAGGCCUUGUUGAUCCGAAGUUAUGGUCUCUGCUGGACUAUCAGUAUUACCUGGGAGCUAACUGAGCUUUUCUUCAUGCAUCUUCUGCCCAAUUUUGCCGAGUGCUGGUGGGACCAAGUCAUUCUGGACAUCCUGUUGUGCAAUGGAGGCGGCAUCUGGCUGGGCAUGGUGGUUUGCCGGUUUUUAGAGAUGAGGACUUACCACUGGGCAAGCUUCAAGGACAUCCAUACCACCACCGGGAAGAUCAAACGAGCUGUGCUGCAGUUCACCCCUGCUAGCUGGACCUACGUCAGAUGGUUUGACCCCAAAUCUUCUUUUCAGAGAGUGGCUGGAAUAUACCUUUUCAUGAUCAUCUGGCAGCUGACUGAGUUGAAUACCUUUUUCUUGAAGCACAUCUUUGUGUUCCAAGCCAGCCAUCCAUUAAGUUGGUGUAGAAUUCUCUUCAUCGGCUGCAUCACGGCUCCCACAGUGAGACAGUACUAUGCUUACCUCACGGACACACAGUGCAAGCGCGUAGGAACGCAGUGCUGGGUGUUUGGGGUCAUUGGUUUCCUGGAAGCUAUUGUUUGCAUAAAAUUUGGACAAGAUCUCUUCUCUAAGACCCAGAUACUUUAUGUUGUGCUUUGGCUUCUCUGUGUGGCCUUCACUACAUUCCUCUGCCUGUACGGCAUGGUUUGGUACGCGGAGCACUACGGACACCGAGAAAAGACCUAUUCAGAGUGUGAAGAUGGCACCUACAGUCCAGACAUCUCCUGGCAUCACAGGAAAGGUACAAAAGGUUCUGAAGACAGCCCACCCAAGCAUUCAGGCAACAGCGAAAGCCAUUCUUCCAGGAGAAGGAACCGGCAUUCCAAGUCAAAAGUCACCAACGGAGUUGGGAAGAAAUGAAAGACCCUGUUUAAUCAAAGAUGCUUCAGAGAGUGCCUAGAACUGAGAGGGAAACRGAACUCCUUUGGACCUCCCUCAUUUGGACCUCCCUGUUAGGAGAUCAAAAUGUACAGAGCAAACAGGAAGAGGAGAGGGAACUUGGGGUGGGGGUCAUCAUUUGAGAGURUAAGUCUUGUUUCCCAUAGACUUUCCCACACCAGGCAGACCAUUGCCUGGAUCCUUUGCCAACUUGGGGUCUCUCCUAACUUCAUCACUUGGCAUGCGGUCACCAGUAGCAGUACAGUGUGUUGGAAGGAAAAAGUAGCUAUUUGCCACAGUCAAGAGCAGCUCUGUGCUGGUGUGUUUUGUGGAUGCAGCAUGAACAUCUCUGUUCAGACAUGGUUUUAACUGAACUGUUAAUGGACUGGUCACCAAUUUUUAUUUUCAUGAAUUUGCCUUUCCAUUUGAUUGAUUUGUGUAAGUUCAGUCACUUCUCCAUCUUUUAUUUUGUUGUUGUUGUUGUUGUUGUUUUCAAGUUAGGAUGCUUAAAAGCCUUCAGAAUCCACUGCUGAAAUUGAAAUUGGGGGAGGGUUUUGUGUUCCUGUUUAGCAACCUCAGCCCCCUUUAUAAGACCAUCAGCCACAUGGAGGGUGAGCUACAGGCUGAGGAGGGGUCAGCUGCCUGAGUGGGAACCUGGGUAAAGAUCAGAACCUUUUUUGUUCCAUUCCAAAUGUCCUUUGUCCAGACUUAUCCACAGCACACARCAGCGACCCUGCUAGAGGGGCAGUGAACGCCGAAGCUCCAACCCCCAGGUGCCUUUUACAUGUGCUUGGUUUCCUUCCACCGUGUGUUGCCCACAUUGUCUUUUAGUCCCAAGUGAGGUGCUGGUGAGUAUUACCUUUCAUCUGUGCCAUGCUCUAGAACAUUCUCCUCAUAGUUCACCACCUCUGAUGGUUCCCUGUUUGAAAUAAAACAGUUCACAUUAAA